UGUGACUUGACAUGGUGUCUAAUACAUAUAUAAUGAAGUUGCUUUUUUUUUAAGGUGCACGCCGUUGUCCUUUGCUAACUUCUUCGGCUAUAGGAGAACGCGCAAGUGUUCAUAUUCGGGCACAUGACCAAGAUGGGCGACGGUCCUCACCACGAUGUGCGAAUCUGCGGCGUCACUUCGUCACUGCUCUUGCUGCUGCUGUCGGCGGUGGUAAUUCUGUCCAAUGACGUGCGCGCCGCCAGUCUGCUCGAGGGCCGCCAGGUGGACGCGCACUUCUGGCAGGGCGUGCUCAACAAGACCGCGGAGGGCAACACGGAGCAGGCCUUCGCAAUGGUCCUCGGCAAGGUCUCCGACGACCUCGCAGGCGCCACGGACCGGAUCAAUGAAUUCCUGGAUGGCGUGAGACGAAACGUCACGUCUGUCAUACAAGAAGGCGUCAAGUGGUCCGCGGAGACCUCCGCCACGGCAUCCUUCAUAGGCCGCUCUGUGACUCCGGCACGCUGAACACCACAAUUUUGAUUUCUUGUGUAGUGAAUGUCGGAUAAAGAGCACACGUGAACAAAAAGCUGCACAGUGCUUGUGCGCCGUUUGUGGAUUGCCAACCAUGAUUCGAGAGCAACGCAGAGCAAGGAAGCUGUUGGGCGAGCGCGCGCCAACAGAAUAUGAGUGGACAACCUGUACUGAAUGUACACGGAAUUCUGCGAAGUGGUGGUGCUCGUGUCAAAGCUGGCCGGAGGGUGUUUAUUUGUUUGCUCUCAGUUAUUGCCUCGUACUCACUGUAAGGCAUUGGCCAAGAUGCGGAUACAGUGGCGUGGAUGAAGAAAACGAAUUUAUA